AAUGCGAGCCAUGUAUCCUGUGCCAGAAAGGUCAUUGCACUCCCUGACGGUCUGUAGACAGGACAAGGAGAGCAUGCCUGAGUUCUUAUUGAAGCUACUAGCGAAGUUUCAGGAGCAGGACCACACCUCAACCGCACCCCUUCCGGCAAUCCCAUAAAUACUAACCUUCUCCUCUUUCGCUCUCGCAUUCUGCUCCAGAGCUGAGACUGUACACAUCGAUUCAAAUAUCUUUAAAAAAGAAAAACUACAAAGUUCCACUUGCUUACUCACCAUUUCCCGACCAUGGAUUUAGUUUCCCUAUCUCCGUCGGACAAUGACCUUUUCGGCCAGCAUCAGGACAACCAAAUCCUGAGUCCCUGCCAGUCCACGCCAAAGGAUCCAGUCUACAGCUUCCCCACCGCCUCAGUUCUCGAGACUCCGCUUUCCGUAGCCUGCAAGCCACCCAGAAUACGGGCGACUCCUUCCAGCUCAGUCCACUCCACGAUCCACAUUCCACCCAGUUCAUCUCUCCUCACCAUCCAAAACUACAAUUCACCCGAAGACUCCUCGGCGUCUUCCGGUCGAUCUCCUCCCUCCGCAAAAUCUCCUCCCUCUGCAAAAAGGGGUCGAAGUGGUCCUAAGACUGUCCAUUGCCGUCGCCGUGACUCCCCAACUCCUUCGCCCACCAGGUUGGCUCCAGCUCACCGGCAUCGUCCUGAUACCAGCCUCACUACUCGCAGCAGAUCGCGGCGUCACCACGCUCCAGGGAGGUCCCCCAAAUGUCUGCUUGCUUCGAAAAUCUCGGAUUGGACUGUAGUAACUCUCCCCAAAACUCUAAAAGACAGAGGAAUUCCAUUCCACCGCUCGGAUAACAAGGCAAAACUAUUCAACAAACUCAUGUCAGCUGGUAGUUCACUCCACACCGUCAACACCAGCCGUCUUCCGGGUGACGUCUCAGUGCAAAGCUUGUCGCGCCGUGACAUCAGAGUGCCCGUUAAAGGGACAGAGCAACCAUACCCUCCAGCCCAAAGCCAAAGAAGGGGGCAAUAUCAGAGACAGAACCCGCCCAGCACCAGGAUGCCUGCACCCCCUGCUGCCCCCUUCUUCCAACAGCAACCUCUUGCCCUUACAGGCGCUUCUGGCACUGGGAUGCCAGAACCCUCCACCUUUCAGCCCCAGCAACCCUCGUCCAUCUGGGCGGCACCGGGAUGCCGGCUCCCAGUUUUCCCCCACAGAUAACACAGCUGGUUCCUCCCUCUUUUACCUCUGGGCUUCUCCAUCAACCCAUUCCAGCCCUGAACGCACCCGGCAACUUCACCUUGUCUACAGCUCACCCUCCCACACUCAUGUCAUCAUAACACUCACACCUCUCGUCCUUCUCCAGUCCCUGACAACAUCCACAAACAGAUCAUCGAUGGUAAUUAUGUUGACCUCGCACUCCUCCUCUUGCCCUCCCUCCACCAACCCUCCGCAGCCAGAUUCCUUGACAGUUACGACGUAUGUCCCCAUCUGAAGGGACAUCCUAUGCUUCCGCUUUCCCACUUGCCGUCAAGAACUCGAUGACUAUUUGUCUAUCGUGCUCAACCUGGCCCUCCGCUUUGGCGGAAACGGAUUUUACCAAUAUCACGUUCACUUCGCCUCUGAAGCCACUGUCUGCUUGCACCAAUUCAAUGAGGCCACUUACUGGGGCACACUUGACUCAGAACUAUACUGCCGCAUCUUCGCCGCUCUUGCUGCCCUCACCUGCACCAUCUGUGGGGCGCCAUCCCACCCCGCCUCCUCCUGCUCAAUCCCCACUCGUGCCGAAAUACAAAAUGUCCGACCAGGAGGUCCCAUUUCCUCCCGCCUAGCAGCCAUGGCCCCACCAGCACACAUAACCCUGAAGCCAGCAUCUUCUGCCCCUUCUGUCAUCUUCCCCCUACCUGACGGAGUAGACAAGAAAGGCAGACCUAUCAUGCUCCAUGGUGGCCGAACUAUAUGUAACAACUUUAAUGAAGCUGGUUGCUCCAUGUCCCAGUGCUGCUACCUCCACGUCUGCUCCUUCUGUGGAGGAGGCCACGCCCGCCCUGCGUGUCCACACUACCCCACCUCACAGAAACCAGGCACUUUGCAUUCACCCCGACCCAGCUUUCGUUGAGUUCCUCAUAACCGGAUGUCGAGAAGGAUUUCAUCCGGGACUCUCUGCACUACCAUCCGCUUCCUUUGAGUGCAAGACUCUUCAGUCCGCCAUAACCAACCCCGAGACCGUCGACCUCCUGCUCUCCAAAGAAGUUAAGGAGGGUUUCAUGAUCGGUCCAUUCGCGCAUCCCCCCUUCCCUACCUUCCACAUCAGCCCUCUUGGUAUCGCCACCAGGAAAUAUUCUGGAAAAAAACGCAUCGUCAUCGACCUCUCAGCACCACAUAGAAGCACUGUCCCCAGCAUUAACAGCUUGAUUCCAAGCGAAGACUUCUCCCUUCACUACACAACCAUUAACCAUGCCAUUGCCCUCAUCAAACUAGCCGGCAAGGGAUCUUGGCUCUCAAAGGCUGACAUCACUAGCGCCUUCAAGGUUCUCUCAAUCCAUCCUGACUUCUGGCGUUUCUUCGGCGUCCGCUAGCGGGGAGCAAACUACUUUGCCGUCAGGCUUACUUUCGGUUGUAAAAGCAGCCCCAAGCUCUUUGAUUCCUUGUCCGAAGCCCUUUGCUGGAUCCUCUCCAACAACUAUAACAUCCCGGUCCUUGUCCAUCUCUUGGAUGACUUCCUCAUCAUUUCCCCUCCCUCAUCGCCACCCGCUUCUGGCCUGGUCACUCUAAUUACGGUGUUCUCAAACCUUGGGGUUCCGCUGUCCGGGAAAAGACAGAGGGCCCCUCUACGUCCCUCGAGUUCCUGGGAAUCACACUCGAUACCAAUUCAUUUCAGGCCUCACUCCCAGUCGAAAAACUUAACCGGAUCACCCUUCUCAUAUCAGACUUCCUCCUCGCUCCUUGCUGUACCAAACGCCAGCUUCUCUCGCUCCUGGGCCACCUCAACUUUGUCCUUCACAUCAUCAGGUCGCUUCUUCCGCACUCUUUGAAAUCUACCCCAUAAUAGCCGCUGCCGUUCUGUGGGGCCAUGAAUGGUCCCACAAGUCUAUCCUUAUCUACUCCGACAACCUAGCAGUUGUAGACAUAAUCAACAAAGGACGCUCCAACUCCCCAUCCAUCAUGCUAUUCUUGCGCCGCCUAACCUGGCAUUCACCACGCACCACUACAUCCUCCACACAGCUCAUGUUCCUGGUCAUUCAAACACCAUGGCUGACUCUCUUUCUCGUUUCUCGUUUCAGAAGUUCAGAAGCUUGGCUCCUCACGCAGAUACCCAGCCUACUCUAGUUCCUCCAUAUUCAGCACUGACCUUCAACUUGUAAAUCCAGCUCUAGUACCCCUGAUCAUCAAUUCCCAGAACUCCAUCAUCAACAGCCCUCAACCCUCUCAUCAUACUGGACAGCUUGGAAAAGUUUUCACCGCUUUCACGAUCAACACAACAUCCCGUCAUUCGACCUCGUCACCCUGACUAGUUUCAUAACCUACGCCCAUUCUGUUGGCUACUAUGGCUAUUAAAACACACACCAUCAAAGUCUACCUAAGUGGCAUCAGCUUCUUUUCAAAACUUAUAACCGGCAAUCCGGGUUUAUCUGCAAGCCAUCCUCAGAUUACUUCUCUCCUCAAAGGACUUCUCCAUCAAGAACCAGACGAAAAUCCUUGUCGCCUUCCUCUUACUGCCAACCUGCUUUCAUCAUGCAUUCACAUCAUCCACUCUGGAUACGGCACUCCUCACGUAGCUCGUACGCUAGAAGCUAUGUUCUUGCUCGCCUUCUUUGGUUUCCUCAGAUGCUCUGAAUUCAUCCCCUCUACCUCUCUCUUUGACCCUAACCGCCACGUUUGCAUUUCAGAUCUGUCCUUUUUCUCGGACGACACUAUGGUCCUGUACUUAAAGCAAACCCAAACCAACCAAUCAGGUUUGCCCACACCCGUCUUCUAUUUUAAAAUCCAAUCGCCCUUGCAUCCCUUUGAAACCCUGGCAAAUUACUUGGCGUACAGAAAAUCUCAGAGCACCAUAGCAACAGAUCCUCUUUUUAUCUCCGAAUCCAGCCAAGUGGCUACUCGAUUCUGGUUCCACCAUCACUUCCACCACAUACUUUCCCUCUCCAGAAUAUCUCCCUCUCAUUACUCUGGACACUCCUUCAGAAUCGGAGCCGCCACUUCAGCUUCCCGCAACGGAGUUCCUGAACAUUUCAUUCAACUUAUGGGCCGAUGGUCCUCCCAAACAUACCAUCGCUACAUUCGUUCCGAUCUUCAAGAUCUCAGAGCUGCUCAAGCUCACCUCGAGUAAUGGAAGCUUUUGGGGGUCUGUUGCUGCCCGGGCACUGCGGCAGAUUCCCCACGAAGCUUCCCCACACCCCACACUACAAGCAAGCCAGCGGAUUACAUGCACUAAUUUUCUUUAAUAAAAUCACUCGAACAUAUCUUGUUGAUGGUGUGGUCCUUGCCAGUGAAUUGAGAUGCAAAAACGUGUGGGUGGACAUUGCUGGGUCUCAUCCAAGCCAGAACAGGUUGCAACAGACUUUGUUCCGUAAAGCUGUACUAGACAGCAUGCCAAAGUCCGUGCAGGGUCAAAUGGCGGCAAACCCCGACCUACAGGGAUGUAGCACGGAAAAAUGGGAAAAACACCUGACUCAUUAUGUACGGCAAGAAGAUGAUAAACAAAGAGCACAUGCCACUGAGAAACUCAGCUUCUAAAAUUGCAAUUGGAAAAUGAGCUGUGGAAAGCCACCGACUCAAAAAAGUCAUCUAAACAACAAAUGAUGCAACAACCAACCCCUCCUCCUCCUCCUGCGCAGCCAGUGACCGCGUCUGUGCUGGUGUAUCCGCCCGUUCAGCCCAUGUAUGUCGGAUCUUAGCAGCCUCGUGCAGCGAAUGUGCCUGGUAGGGGAAAGGGAGCUCCACAACAACCACCAAGCUCUAAAAUGACUAAAGACACUGUUGAACUCACUGGAUUCUCAGGAAAACCUGAUCAUCUGCCUUUCACGGCUCCACUAAAGACUUUGGUUGCUGGACAGACUAUUAAACAUAUAUAUGUUUCCUCUCGCAAGUGCCCUGUGAAUCUGAUGGGCAGGUACUUGCUGGUGAAGAGCAGAGCCUCUAUUCUCCGCGGGGCUGAUGGACUCAUUGUGACGUUCCCUAAUGGCCAGUCGUUUAAUUGCUCUGUAGGCACCCUGUGACUUCAUUCACAAAUGUUCCUGGCCGCAGACUAUUUUCCAAGCACUGAGGGGGAGUGGGCUGACAUUGACUGAGGGCUAGUUCAACCUUAGCCGCAAGACGGUGGUGGUGUGCACUCGUUGUACACAGCAUGGAAGCCAUGGUUGCAUAUGUUACAUCCAUACGCUCCUCCCCCUGACCCAUUGCACGUUACACUGUUCUACGACCGCUGUGGGUCUUUUGUGUAUGACGAGGCUUUUAUGGAUGUGGAUGGCUCCGUGUACUGGGUUGCGGCAGAUUGCCUGUUUGCGGGUCCGGAGGGCAUGGCUGCUUCUGUUACACUAACACCAGACUUCUAUCAGUGUUCCUCCACUGUGGUGGGAAUGGCGGCACAAGGAAGG